GACAGAAGAGCCUGCUUCCGGCCACGACUCCCACGCGUCCUGUGAGAAUCCAACCUCAUCAACGAGCCGAUUAUCGCAUCGUCCCACCUCGUCGUCUUGUGAUAUUCAUUCGCAAAUUAAAGGCUUUCAUUACUAUCUUAGUGGACAAGAACUGGUUUGAAGAUCCAGACCGGACAGAUUUAUCCCCUACUGCAAUGCGAUUCGUUCCACGGACAGCGAGUCGAGACCCUUCAUUUACGGCCUCUUUUUUCCGACAGCCAGAUUUCCGGGAGCAGGGUACAUACCCUGGUGUACCACUUUGCCCUGAAAUCCUCCGCUCAAUGGAGCAGCAAUCAGGCUUCGUGUCCGAGUUCGUACAGGUUGAAUUGACUUUCGAAACCGAAGAUAACAGACUGGCAAUGUCCCGGAAGUUCCUGGCCGUCAAGAAGGAAUGGAGAGCCAAGACCAAAGAACUCGAGAAACAACCUGGGUAUACUCCUGUGAUUCCUCCAAUGAAUCACCCAGUGCCAUUCUCUGUGCCAGACCAUGAGCCUAGGCAUAACAAACGUGCCAAGUCACCCUGGUUAGUCUUCCGGAAGAGGACCACCACCGCCAACACCAUCACCGAGCGAGCUGUUCCUCCACAAACACCAGUACCAGCAAACCCGCUGCCGCGAAGUCAAUGGCGGCCGGAUCCACACAGAGGAGGUGGUAGAGGAGGAGUACGGCCUGGUGGGCCUCGAAAGAAAGCCACCAAUGCCUCAUUGCCACCUUCUCAAGGCUCCAAUGAGGAUGAAGACGACUGA